ACGACCCUUGGGGCUUUACGUCCUGCACGAUCUACCUUCGGUUGCAUUGCCAUCCCAUCGCCAUGGAAGACGACGCCGGCAACUGCGGCGGCCUGACGGCGUUCGCGCUCCGCCUGGCGAAGCGUCUCGCCGACGACGGCGACAACAGCAACAGGAACGUCGUCUUCUCGCCGGUGUCCCUGUACGCCGCGCUGGCGCUGGUGGCGUCCGGGGCACGGGGCACCACCCUGGACGAGCUCGUCGCGCUGCUCGGCGCCGCGUCGCUCGACGACCUCGAGGAGUCAGUACGCCGCGCCGUGGAGGUCGGCCUCGCCGACGAGUCCGAGUCCGGCGGGCCGCGCGUCUCCUACGCCUGCGGCGUCUGGCACGACGAGAGGCUCGCGCUGAAGCCGGCCUACCGCGCCGCCGACUUCCAAAGACAGCCAAAGAGUUCAAGAAAGAAGAUCAACAAGUGGGUGUCCAAGGCGACGAACAAGCUCAUCCGCGAGAUCCUCCCAGAUGGAUCAGUUCAUGGCGGCACCGCCCUCGUGCUCGUCAACGCCAUCUACUUCAAGGGCAAAUGGUCCAAUCCCUUCCCCAGGGAGAGAACCACCACCGGCAAGUUCCACCGCCUCGACGGCAGCUCCGUCGACGCUCCGUUCAUGAGCAGCCGGGAGGAUCAGUACAUCGGCUUCUACGACGGCUUCAAGGUGCUCAAGCUGCCGUACCACCGGACCAUGAAGAACCAUGGCGAUGGUGGUGACAUCACUCCGGCCAUCCUCAAACACUACGGCGAGAACGUGGGGUUGUCGAUGUACAUCUUCCUGCCGGACGCGCGCGACGGCCUGCCGGCGCUCGUCGACAAGAUGGCAGUGGCGUCGUCCGGCACGGCCUCCUCCUCCUUCCUGCGUGACCACCGGCCGGGGCGACGGCGGAUCAAGGUCGGCGACCUGAGGGUGCCGAGGUUCAAGGUGUCGUUCUACAGCGAGAUGAACGAGGUUCUGAAGGGGAUGGGGAUUGGGGCCGCCUUCGACGUCGGCAAGGUCGACCUAUCCGGCAUGAUCGACGGCGAGCUGGUGGUGGUGGAGAAGGUGAUGCACAGGGCGGUCGUGGAGGUGAACGAGGAAGGCACGGAGGCGGCGGCGGCCACGGCCUGCACGAUGAAGUUCUUGUGUUUAACUUUAACCUCUCCUGUGGACUUCGUCGCGGACCAUCCGUUCGCGUUCUUCGUGGUGGAGGAGAAGUCGGAUGCGGUGCUCUUUGCUGGCCACGUCCUUGACCCAACAAGCUUGGAGUAACAACGCAAGAAGAUGAGUACUCCCUCUAUCUUAUACUCCUAUAUAAGAUAGAAACGGAUGGAGUAGAAUGAAGUAGAUAAACAUAGUGAUAUUUCAGUGUUUACUAGAAAUACGUAGAAUAUCUCUAAAGCCAAAUAAAGUAAGCUACAUUUUGUUUGUUUGGUAA